AUGCUCAGCACACUCCAGGCCGUAGAGCCGCCCAGCGCCUUUGAUCGCUCAGCCGGGGACAUUGAAGCUGCCAGAACCCAGCUAGGCGACUUCAACGACAGCCGAUCAAGCAGCCUGAGCGAGUUGGGCGACGGCCCGUCAGACGGAGAAGAUGCGGUUCGCGCAAAUUAUACACUCACAGCUGCGGGCGAGUACGACUCCGAAGCGGAAACCGAGCGCUUGCACGACUCGCCGACAAAGCUCCCAGCGCCUGAUACCACAAUCGAAGCCGGGACGAUGAUUGGCAGGACACCAAGCAGGUUACGGCGAGAAGGGGUCGCAGAUCGCGCGAGCUCAGAGUCGGUCUCACCAUCGACGAGGAUUGCGCGAGGCGGCGCGACAAUGGACGAACUGGCGGGACUGAGCGGUCUGUCAGCACUAGCAGCCAUGGCGACAGAGCCUGUAGUGCAACAGCCGGCAAGCUAUAGCCCGAGGAAGCGGAAAAGACUGACACCAGACGCGAGCCCGAUCAGCGACGAAGAGGUGGAGGAGCCAGCGCGAAAGCGCAGUGCUUCCGCGAGAGCCAAUGGCGGUAUCGCUGCGAUAGACGCUGCGCAGAAGGGAGUUGCAGAGGAAGAAAACGAUGCGGACGAUCUUCGCGCUAUGCGAGAGGAGGGAGACGAGGCGAUGGGCGAUAAUGUGGAAGCGGCGCAGGAGCCCGGCGAGGAUGAACCAGCAUUGCUCAAGGCGUCCAAGGGAAAGAAGGGCAAACGGAAAGGAAAGAAACCCAAGGAACCCGAUACUAUGCACAGAAGUAUUGAGUCAGUACCGCCUGCAGCGACCGAGAGACAGGCGGAUCCUGACGGCGAUGACGAGCCUCUUGCUGUUGGAGAAGAAUUGCACAAGAAGAGGAACGCGAUGGAGGGCUUAGAGGAGAUCCAGAGACAGUUUGUGCUCAUGCGAUCAAAACUCUCCGACGAGCGCAUCGCACAGUUGGACAGCGAACUUGAGUCCUUGAGACAGCCCAAUUCUACCUACCCCGAUCUCCUAGCAAUGCUCCGUUGCAUCGACGAGCGCUUAGCGGAAAAGAAGCAGAUCGAGGACAUGACGCUGCACUAUAAAUUGGGCGCACUGGGAAACCGCAUCAUUUGCGAAAGACGGCAGCUUCAAUCUCAGUAUUUCCAGACCGUCCGAGAGAUCAGAGACGAGUCCUUGUACCUCUGCAACAAGACGUUCUUGAAGCUACGGCAAGAGCGCAACCUCUUCGGGGCCGACGAACCAGACUACGCCUACCUGUACAACCCCGACCGCGCCGAGCAGGUCAAGCGGCAGACGGCGUACAACAAAGAAGUCUCAAUCCUCUCCGGCGUAGCCAAAUACGUUGGAUUCCCAGCUGCGCCCAAUCUCAACGGCGCCCGAACCGGCGAGCUCGACAACGAUCUACGAGCCCUACGGAUAAACCCCCAGCCUUCGACUAUACCCCUCACCCGCCCCGCUCUCCUCACCGAGCCCUCCGCACGCGACAGACAGGCCGCAGAAUCCCAAUUCCUAGCCGAGACCCCCUGGGCGAACCCCCAGCACCCGCUCUCGCAAGCCAACCACACCGCAUUCCACUCCGCGCCCUCGUCCACACACGUCCCCCGCUUCGCUGGCAACGGCACCAGCAACGCGCCCCUCUCCACCCCCGCGCCCCAGAAAAGCAGAGCCACCACCCAGCCCUUCAGUGGCUCGGCCGCCUCAACGAUAACAGCAAUCGACCCACCCAGCAGCACCGCCCGCCCGACCCCCACAGGCGCAGCGGCACAACCUACGCCCACGCCCGCGACGCUACGGCAGGAGGAAACGCUCGUCAUCGCCGAGUCACCCAGCUUGGCUACCGGCCAGGCGAAGCGAGGUACCGAUGCGGCUCACAUGAGCGGUUCGGCGGGCGAAGAGCAGCAGCAGCAGCAGCGGGAAGCAGGGGCGGGCAGUCCAAAGAGCGUUCCGCUGCCGCAACCACAGCAACUCAAUGCGUUCGCGCGGCAAAGGAGUGAGCAGCAGCAGCAGCAGCAGCGCUUCAUGGCGCGCUCGCCAUUCGCGAGUCCGGGAUUGGCGCAGGGGGCGGGGGAGAGGGUGGGCGUGUUCAGGCGAUGA